UAUAACUCUACAAUUAUUAACUCGGAGCCAUCAAGCAACUUCUAAUGUAUGUCCCCAAAUAAUCCCAUAGACAACGUCAGUCAAGCAGCAGCAACAGCGACAGCAUCCACACAGGAGAAUGUUAGGAGAAGUCAGACAGCGGUGGCCUCUCCAUUCUCUAUAGCUAAACGAGGGACAAUGACACAGGAUCAGAAAGCAACAUGUCAUAGGGCUAUCGCAAAGUAUAUUGUGAAGGAUAUGCAGCCCUUCAGUACAGUGGAGUCCAGUUGGUUUAGGGAGAUGACCACAGCCCUUAACCCUAAUUACCACCCCCCUUCCAGAGACACUCUGUCCAACACACUCAUACCUGCUUGGUAUAACAUCGAAAAAGAGAACCUGAGGGCAGAGCUUGCCAGUGUGGAAAAAGUUGCCAUUACAAGUGAUGGGUGGACCAGUAUUACACAGGACCACUACAUAACGGUCACGCUCCACUACAUUAACCAAGGCCAGUUGAAGCAGAAAGUCCUUAAGACACAGGCAGUAUAUGAGUCUCAGAGUGGGCCUGUUGUUGCUGAACAAAUAGAUUAAGUCCUGGCUGAAUUUGGGGUGAGACAGAAGGUCGUCGCCGUAACUGUCGACAACGCUCCAAAUAUGGAUGUGGCUGUACGACAGCUACAAACAAAAAAGCUUGGAUGCUUUGCGCAUUCUCUAAACCUAGGGGCACAAAAGGUUUACAAUGUGCAAGCUAUCUCCAAGUGGUCAGCAAGGAUCCGGGAUGUGAUCGUUUGGAUCAAAAGAUCCUCAAUGAUUAAGACCAUUUUCAAAGAGAAGCAGCGUCUCCUGGGCCUGCCUGACCAUUCUGUGGUCCUUGAUGUCAAAACCCGCUGGAAUUCUCUUUAUCUCAUGGUGGAGAGAUUUGUGGAGCAAUAUCCUGCAAUACAGGCAGCAUUCUUGGACCCGCGUGCCAAAAAGCUCAUGAAGAGAGACAGACUUGAAGAGAUCACAGAUGAAGACUUCAGGAGGGCUGAGGACUUUGUCAGUCUGAUGCGCAUGCUGUAUACAAGUACCCUGUGUGUGUCAAGCGACAAGUCUUCUACAUGUGGCCAGAUAAUUCCCAUUCUGCAAAAACUGAAGACCCACUUAACUGUCAAAGAGGAGGAUUCCACAUUUGUGGCCACGGUAAAAGAAAAGGUCUGGGGUGACCUCUCCAAACGUUACCAGGAUCAUGACAUAAUGGCCUUUCUGGAGGAGGCCACUCUUAUGGAUCCAAGAUUCAAGGGAAAGCUGAGUUCUUCUGAUGAAGUUUGGGAACGACUGAAGGCAGCAGCAUUGAGGGAAAUGUUAGGAGAGGAGGAUGCAGUGCCAGUGGAGGCUCAGGAAGUGGAAGUGGACGAGGAUGAAGAGGAGGAGGUGGAAAAUCCUCAUGUUGUCAAGAAACCCAGGGUCUCUGCACUGGAGGAACUCUUCGCUGAAGAGGAUAAAGAGCUGCGGAGGAGCCUUAUUCAACAGGAAACAACAGCGCCAACAAUCCUCGAGAACAUCAGGAAUGAGCUGUCCGUCUACAGAGGCCUCCUUCCCAUCCCUACAUCAGAAGACCCUGUCCACUGGUGGUGGAGAAAGAAGGAAACUUUUCCUGUCCUCUCUCAGCUCUCCACCACCUACCUCUGUGUUCAAGCCUCCUCAACGCCUUCUGAAAGAGUGUUCUCCACAGCUGGCAACACUCUCAGUAAGGAGAGAUCUCGGCUUCUCCCGGAGAAAGUGAACAUGCUUAUCUUUUUAAACAAAAACUGUUGAGUGCAGUAUUUAGUUUUCAUUCUGGGACAUGUUUCCAUGCAUUAAUGUUACAAAAAAUGUUCAUCCUCUGUUUGAGGGAAAACUCCAAAAAGCAUGAUAGGGAGAGCCAGGCCCCUUUAAGUUAUUAUAUUUAUUUUUGUCUGCUUCUGAGAAGCUAAUGUAAGUUAUACAGUUACUUCUGCAAGACAAUAUCAAUAAAAUAACUGUUUAAUCUUCA